UGAUCCUGGACGACAACAAUUUACAUUGAAUUUCACAUCUUCUGGCUGCGGCUUGUUUAGCCUAUUUUCAUUUUUAAUAUUAAACAUUUCAAGCCUAAUUAUCAUUGAUUUUGAAUCUACAGAUGAUACUUAUUUUGAUAACUCUUGUGUUUGUUUUUCAAAAAACACAAAUCUCUGCAAAAAGUGAUUUUGAAAUUUUGAAAAACGAUUCAAUAUUUGACGGCGGAACUCAAGGCAACAAAGCUUUUCUGAAAACCCAACUUCUGCGAAAUUUGAAUAAUUUCUAUCCUUCUAUCAACAACGGAGAGAAGUUGGAAAUGUUGACUGGACGAAAACCAGAAUUUGAAGACGAUCGAGAGAGAAAUCAAAAUUUUGAUGGGAACUCAGUUACUGAGCCUUUCCCCACACAGUACCCAACACUUAUUCCCUACGCACGGGAGAGCAAUCCCGAAGAAGAGCUUCAAUUAGCCACUGCACCAACAUCAAAAAUUCGAAGUGAAGGGAGGAUCACAUCCGAACAGAAAAUGGAUUCCAUCAGAGAUUUCCGAAUGAAACUGUACAAAGCUUUUAAAAAUAGGCCGAAAUUGUCGAGGAUGAUUAGAAAAAGUAAUGUAAAUGAUGUAGUCGAAAUGAAUGAUGGGUUUCCUACAAUAAUGGACAAAAACCGACAAAUAAUUCUCUCCAGAACUGAACCAAACUGGCAGUCAUUGAAUACUAGAAAACCUAAUCAAACCUAUGGGCGAGAUCAGAAUGGGAACUUGAUUCCACUACUCGGGUUGGAACCAGCUGCGAAUUUUGUGGAUACAAAACAAGGGAGUCCAAUAGAGCCUUACCCCCCAAGAGAGAUUCGAUAUGCCUACCGUACUACGAAUCGGCAGCCUGUUGUCUACGUUCCUUCUGCUUCACCCGUUAAUCAGCCAUCACAUGCUUCGAAUACUGUACCCGUGGCUGUCGCUUCAUACCUAGUAACUGCAAAUCCAUCAUCACAACCAAUUCAACUCCAUAUUUUGCCACCAAUUCCAUCUCCCCAGCCACAAAUAAUCUAUCAACAAACGACACCAUCAAGCCAAUUUGUUGCUUAUUCAACCUUUGCACCACCUAUAGAGCCAUCGAAUGAAUGUGGAAAUGGUCAGUGCAAACCAGAAUCGGAUGAAGAUAAAUGCAACAGCCAGCGAUUACGGGACAUUAUCUUCAAUAAUAUUGUUUCCGGCGAUGCUGAAGCUUCCAAAAGAGCAGUUCAAAGUGCAGCUGAAGCUGAAACUGGUUUAUUUUUUGAUGCAAUCUGCGGCACUGGUUUCUUCAGCUACAUUGCACACACUGAUGAGUUCUGUCUGGCAUCGUCUGGUGGUGUCAACUGUUAUGUUUUUGCACCAAUCUGUCAAAUUGAUUCUCAAAAUCAGCAGAAAAGGACUUCGAAAAAAUUAGUUAAAUUGAGCAAAAAUUAAUUCUUAUUGAAUAGCUCGGUCCACUUCUUUUCUACGGGUGAAUGUUUAACAGAAAUAAAGUUUUAUUUCGGGUAAA